ACGGCGUCGUCGACGACCCGGCCGCGUACGUACCCUGCAGUCGUGUUGGAGGCUGAGCAGUUGAUAAAAAAACAAAAAGGUCCUGUCAGCGCGAUGCCGACAACAUGUGCUGCUUAUGGGUGUACUUCUCGAGGUGUGCCCGGCAGCAACAUCCAUUUCUUCCGCUUCCCAUCGGUGAAACGUGAUCGCCAGCGCCGUGAAGCAUGGAUCAGGGCUGUGAGGCGCCAAAAUGAAGACGGCAGCCCCUGGGAGCCUUCAGGUUCGGCAAGGCUGUGUGAAAAACACUUCGUGAAAGGAUCGCCAUCCAACUCGCCCAGGCACCCUGACUACGUGCCAUCUCUAUUUGUUUACACCGAUGAGUUCAAGAAAAAGGACGCGUUUCAACGCUAUGUACGCACAGCAGCGCGUAUGAAACAACACAGUGAGCACCGACGAGCUGUUUCAGAGAAGCAGAUAGACCUAAAACAGAACUCAAUGGCAAAUGAGACGUCUUCAAAGUGUGAUGAAGACUCUGUGGAGAUGGAACAGACAGACAUGUCCGCUUCCGAGAGCACAGCAGGUUUCACUGCUUCAUCACGGGAGUGUGAAGGUGUAGCUGCAUUGCUGAUGCUUCGCACUACUGCCACAGCUAAGGAACAACUAGAGAAUGUCAGCACGAGCAGUUUCAACGGCCUGCUAGCAGAACAUACUGCAAUGAAGAAGAGAAUUGAAGAGCUAGAAGUCAGAUGUGAAAGGCUGCAAUCGCAAAGCUUUUCUGUGGACACAAUUCAUAGUACCGCAUUUGAAUUUUACACUGGACUUACGAGAAAAGCGCAGUUUGAUGCUUUGUAUGGACACCUUGAAGCGAAUGCCCAGAGAAUGGCGUACUGGGUUCCCCAAAAGAAUGAGCAGCAACAGCAAAUUGACAAAGACAGGCAGCUUUCAAAGCGAGAAGAACUGUUCAUGGUUUUGUACAGGCUACGAACGGGAGUUUGUGCAGAGGAAGUAGCCAGGUUGUUUGGCAUAUCGCAAUCUAGCCUGAGCCGCAUUUUCUGUAGCUGGAUUAACUUUUUAGAUAAGGAGCUUUCUGCCUUCACACGGAUGCCAUCUUUAGCUGAAGUACAACGACACAUGCCAGAGGCAUUUUCAGAUUUCCCUAACACGAGAGUAGUUCUGCACUGCACUGAGGUCAAAAUUCAGAAGUCCUCAAAGGUAAAAGCACAAAGGCAAACUUUUUCAACCUAUAAGCAUUUUAAUACCUUCAAGGCACUUGUAGGUGUCACACCUGACGGUUAUGUAUGCUUUGUUUCCGAGCUGUGGGGCAGUCACGUUAGUGACACCGAAAUAGUGGAGAGAAGUGGCCUCUUAAAAUGCUUGCAACCGGGUGAUGGCAUAAUGGUAGGCAAAGGCUUUCACUUGGACAGCAUUUUCCCCUCAACCAUUCAGAUCUCUAUCCCACCCUUCAAGAAAGGAAACCAGCUUUCUGCAAGUGGUGUAAUUGCUACUCGAAAGAUUGCUGGAGCUAGAAUACAUGUUGAAAGGGUUAUAAGGCGCAUCAAGGAAUUUCAUUUUUUAGAUAGGCCAGUGCCUAUAAACAUGUUGGACAUCGCCGGCAAGAUAUUUAGGACCUGUGCGCUACUGUCUAAUUUGCAGCCACCGAUUAUUGCCGUGAAUGAGCACAGUUCUAGUUCAACACCUUGUAAUAUGUAAAAUAAAUAAAUAGCAAGGGCCCGAAUGGUCGCCUUGUGUGUUGCCUUACUGGACUUGCUGUCAGUAGUUCCCACGCAUUUUCUUACACCAGCUUAGUGCGGAACUGAAUGCUGAAUACUAUAGUUCAUGGCAUACAGUAUGCUGUUUCUAUCAACAGAUGCAGCUGAGAGAGGCUUGUAGUGACAAAUACAGCAAGAGUCACAUUAUUCACAUGUAAACAUUUAAAUAACAGCUA